AUGAAUUUCAAGAACGUGAAGAUUCCAAAUGUUCCGGGUGGUGGUGCGGCUUCUGCUUUGAUCAAGUUUGGAGCAAUUGCUGGGCUUGGCAUAUACGGAGCUGCUAACAGUCUCUACAAUGUUGAUGGAGGAAAUCGAGCUAUUGUCUUCAACCGUAUUAUUGGCGUCAAAGAUAAGGUUUAUCCUGAAGGAACGCACCUGAUGAUCCCGUGGUUUGAAAGACCAAUCAUAUAUGAUGUUCGUGCACGACCCCAUCUGGUGGAGAGCACUUCGGGUAGUCGUGAUCUCCAGAUGGUAAAAAUUGGUCUUCGAGUUCUUACUCGUCCUGUACCAGACCAAUUACCUACAAUUUAUCGGACUCUUGGUGAGAACUAUAAUGAAAGAGUCCUGCCUUCAAUUAUUCAUGAGACUUUGAAAGCUGUGGUUGCACAGUACAAUGCAAGCCAGCUCAUUACUCAGAGAGAGAAUGUUAGUAGGGAAAUACGGAAAAUACUGACAGAAAGGGCAGCCAACUUCAACAUUGCGCUCGAUGAUGUGUCCAUUACUAGCCUGACUUUUGGGAAGGAGUUUACAGCUGCAAUUGAAGCUAAGCAGGUGGCUGCACAAGAAGCUGAGAGGGCCAAGUUUGUUGUGGAAAAGGCUGAGCAAGACAAGCGAAGCGCUGUAAUCAGGGCACAGGGUGAGGCUAAGAGUGCCCAGCUGAUCGGCCAAGCUAUUGCCAACAACCCAGCAUUUAUCACACUCAGGAAAAUUGAAGCAGCGAGAGAAAUUGCACACACAAUCUCAAAAGCAGCCAACAAGGUGUUCUUGAGUUCAGAUGAUCUGCUGCUAAAACUUCAGGAUAUGGAUUUAACAGGCACCGGUGUGAAGAAAUAA